AGACCUCGACUUAUUAGAGUCGCUCAGCUGUGUCCACGACAUGCUGUUUGUUUGGCACAUACAUACCUUUUAGGUAUGUACCAAAUUAUCAAUGCGAUGACCAGCAAAACUCGUCCAUGUACUGUAAGCUAGAAAUGUUGGAACUUGGGCGAGAGGAUACUCCACACGCUUCUGCCAGGUUCCGGAGGGUUGGAGCCCCACUCUCUAGUCGUUCGAGACUUGACCCCUCGUCGUCAACUCUCCAACUCAGUCUCUACUUCUCAGGUUUUGUGAUAGAUCAUCAUAGGUCUAGCCCGUAACGCUGGAUGGAUUCAACGGUUUGUUUUCUACACGGGUAUGGCCCCGCGCAAUGUUUACCUCGCGUACAAGCGGGACACCAGUCAGCUGCUGUACUGGAUCAUCCGAACGUCCAAUGGCAUCAUCAAGUCGGCGACCACGCUCGAUGAGGGGCUCAAAGCAGUGCGGUUGAACACGACGGGCCAGAUCACAGUCGCCGAUCUGGUAGCUCUUUCUCGCCUCAUUGCGAAGUACAUUCCCGCUGUGCCGUCCCAUAUCUUCCACAGCAGCAGUGAUGUCGACGCCGACGCCGACGCCGACGCUUCCCAGCUCAAGGCCAAUCUCGAUCGCCUUGUUUUGUCGAAUCAGUAUGGUGCCCUUGACUUGGGCGGAGCUGCCGGCGCCGACGAAGAAGGCGAAGAAUCGGAUGAUGAGGCCGCCAGUGAUAAGCACACCGGGGACGGUUCUGGCUCCACUCCGGGCCGACGUCGACAGGCAAGACCCGGCAAAGGAAAGAAAGGCAAGAAGGGGAAACGGCCCAAGAAGCAGCAGCUGCCCGCAUCUAGCAAGGAACCGCACCUGGAUAAUCUUCCUCUCGACAGCUACCGCAUCAUCCAGGACACCGAGGGCAUCAUCACCGAUUACCUGAUGGCUGUUUAUGCUCUAGUUCAGGAGUGGAGUGACCUUCGGGCCGCCAUUGCUGGCACUGUUUCCAUCUUGGCCGUUGCCAUGAUCCAGCGAUCUGCAUUCGAGAUGUUUGUCGACUUCCCAGCACACGACGCCUACGAGACCGUUCUGAACACCAUCACUCGUGGUGAUCCGGAAAAGGCUCAGGGCAGGUUUACCGCGUCCCUUAUGGCAGUGGCGCCCAACGGCGAGACCGAGAAGGUCACAGCUAGUGAUAUCGAUGUCAAGGAGCAGUUCAUGAUUCAUACGUAUCGCGACUUAAUCGACUUUAUUGAGGAUUUCCAGAAAACACGCUCGGGCAAGCCAACUAAGCGCAUGCUCGCCGAAAUUCAUGACUGGGACCCCGAGUUCGAUCUCCAGGAAGCCACGAAUCAAGAGAGGAUCCGGUGGCGCCGCUCCUAUACCAUCAACUGGCUCUACGACUUGGUCAACGUCUUCUCGUCCAUUGUCGUGCAGCGCAAUACCAUGAAAGGCGAGGCUCACGUCUUGGAAAAGGUCGAUUGGUCGCCGGAUGGGCCCUGGGAUAAACACCGGAGGCUCUUCGGCUUGAAUGAGUCUGCAGGCCUGGUCACGUCCCUGGCGAUGCAGAAACAAGGGACAGACAUCCGAAGCCGCAUCCUGCCGCAUCAUGUUUUCCAACUACAGUGUAUUGUCGACUCCCUAAUUGUUUCUCGUGGCUGGUCGCUCAGUCUCUUGAGAGGCCACAUAGUCAACCCGCCACCCCGCAGUUUCCGGCCCAGGCGUGAUGUCGACCUAUUCCUCGACCGGAAUAAUGAGAGGGUAGGCCAUGGAUUCCUUACAGCAGUCAGUGUUUUGAGACAGCUCUUCGUUAAAGACGCAGCACUUCACCAAGACCCCAACCGACAUCGCGAAAUUGAUGACUUUUUGGAAGGUUUCUACUAUGAAUUUUGCAACUGGUUAGGAGAGUCCAAGUACAUGCAUGGCCUCACCAACAUUCCCCCGUCUCGCUUCUCCAACACCAAUGCAAAUGGUCUAUGGGAAUAUUCACCCUUUCUAUGUGGUGUUGGCCUCAUGGAAGGUCUCGAAAUAGCCUACCUUGCAGGCAUGAUGGUUUGGGAGCGCCUUCCGGAGCCCAUGAUGAUCAUACAUCUGCAUAAUAUGCUCGUCAAGAAGGGCUAUCUUAAAAAGCCCGUGGGAUUGUAUGCGACCCUCGAGCAACUCAUUGCGCCGGCUUUCUUCCUUGACGGCAAAGCUCCUUCGUCCGAUUUUUCCGCCGCAUUCCUCGCCCGCAUGCGAGCAGUAACCUCGACGCGAAAGAAAUGGGAUAUAGCGCGCAAAUUGGCCACCAAAGAGCACGACAUUCAUCGCAUGAUGACUGUGGAGGCUCACCGCUUCUUCAGAAUCAAGUCUGACCUGUUGCUAUACAGACAAUCGAAAUGGAACAUCGACGCGAUCCCCGACGCCGACAUCCCGCUUACAUCCCCGCUCGCGAUACUCCGCAUCUCCCAGACAAAGCUGAUUGUUGAUCCAAUCUCCCAUAAGACCAAGUUCGAGGACACGGAGUUCAUCAAACGUGCAAGGGCUGGGGGCAUGACAGACGAAGUAAUGCUGGAUUUUGUCUCGAGCGUCGGUACCAUGGGACAAGAAAGCGGCCCGAUCACGGGCGGCUACAACCGAAUCCAUCGCUCAACCAACCCUAAGAACCCAUUCCUCAAAGAAAAGCCCAAGGCAACGAAUACUCACGCAUUCGCGCCCAGCAGCCGUGAGAUUCUUGAAAUUGCCAAGGCCGAUCUCUACUUCGACAUCUCGGGCGAAGUCCGGCCGCUCUCAAGCUUAAAUUACAUCUCGGUCACUGGCACGAUGAUGAUGGUUUUCUCAAGGAUUGAAGCAAGGCUGGCGGAACGCCGCAACAGGCUGUAUGUGCGUGCCUACGACAUAGACAUUGAAUGGGCCCACUUCAAGAGGAUGGGGUUGACGCAGUUGGCGAUGCAUGAGGAGGACGAGGAGUGCCUGAGGAUUAUGGCAGAGGUAUUUGAGGAGGCGAGGUUUGGAUUUCAGAAUUUUGUUUAUUGGGAGAAGUUGGAAGAGUUUGGAGAAUAUAUGGAGAGGAGGGCCUUGGCAAAGGUUUUGCACGAGGAUGUUGAGAGCAAUAUCUGUUCGGUUAUGUAA